AUGUUUGCUCCACCUCCAGCCGACCAGAAGCCCGCCCUAGACGACCCUGCCGCGAACAAGCCCACCCACAACUUCGUGACCUGCGUCUACACAACAAAACUCGGCGAAGCCUUCUGCAACGUGACUGCAACUUGGGCCAAGACCCUCAUCAGCCACACCCUCUACAUAACAGUCGAGUGCCCUGACGAAAAUACCCACUACACGUGCAAGAUCGACCUCAAGACCUGGCAAUUCUGGGGCAAGAAGGGCCUCAAGACCUUCUCUGUUUCCGACAAACGAGUCGACGUCUUCUGGGACCUCCGGUCAGCGAAAUUCACGAGCAGCCCUCAGCCCAACUCCGACUUCUACGUGGCCAUGGUCAGCAAGGAAGAAGUUGUUCUGCUGCUCGGGGACCAAAAGAACGAGGCAUUGAGGAGGACAAGAAGGAGCUCGAAGGAGCAUAGUAUCGUGAUUGAGUCGUCUCUGAACGGGCCUUACGACCCGGAGAUGUGGAUAAGUGUGGAUGGGACAAAGUCGAUCCGUGUUCCGAAUUUGCAUUGGAGGUUUAGGGGGAACGAGACGAUUGUGGUGGAUGAUGUUCGGGUGCAGAUUCUGUGGGACGUGCAUGAUUGGCUUUACAGUGGUAGCCACUCAGGCGUGGGCAUUUUUGUUUUUAGGAGGGAUGGUGGGGGCGCGGGCCGUGUGGUGGUGGAGGGAGAGGAUUUGGGGGAUGGUUUUUGGGAUGAGGUGGCGGAAGGGUCUUUCUCAGUUGGGUUUUGUCAUUUUCUGUAUGCGUGGAGGAUUGAGUGA